GCAGACGGCGCUUUGCGCACGUAGCCUUCAUCUCGUCAAAACCAUAAACUAAUCACAUCUGCUCUUGGUGUAUAGUGUAUACAGACUACUCGAGAUGCAAGCUGUACUCACGGAGCUUAUCGAGGCGUUCAAGAUUAAAUAUCCUGAGGGGAUGGACAUUGUGCGGCUCAACUCGGCAAUCAUGUCACCCGCCAUUAGAGGGAAGGUUGGGAUGGGAAUACAGCUGCCUCUGCACGCCGCUCGUGAAUGGAGCCUGAAUGUGUCCGAGUGUUAGUCAUAUAUAUCCACGCGAAAUGUAAUGAGCCUGAGAGCUGGUUCUAGGAUCUGGUUCAUUGUUGCAUUUGAAUAUCGGCAAUUGUACAUGAUAUAUCCGUCCAACUGGCAGUACGAUGAAUAUAG